CCUGGUGAGAGGACAUUGUUACUCGUGUCUUCCAAGAACCUCAUUCUCCUGCGAGUUAUCACUUGUCUUCAUGAGGUGCUAACCUACAAGAUAUCCUGCACCUUCAUCACACGCAGCCUGCGCGCCACUCCCAAGGGCAGCACCCCCCUGCUUGUUAUUGUGCCCGACAAUGUCGACAACCAAUAAAUCCCCUUACAUCCCACUCCCCCACUCUGGAGAUUUCAUCAGGCUUCUCGAGUUAGAGCCAGGGCAGCUAACAGACGAUCUUGUCGGGAGAUUCAUGGUGCACGACCUCAAAGAUGCGCAACCCGAAUACACAGCGACCUCGUACGUCUGUGGCGAUGAUAAUCGCUCCCAUCAUGCCAUACUCAUGUCGGGCUCCAAGCUUGGUAUCUACAAAAAUGCAGAUGAAGUUUUGAGGAGAUUCCGCUCCGCAGUGGAAACUACAUACCUGUGGAUUGAUGUCAUCUGUAUAGAUCAGGACGACGCGGUAGAGAAGGCUAGAGAGGUGAAUUUGAUGUACAAGGUAUAUGAAAAUGCCAAACGGACCGUGAUAUGGCUGGGCCCAACGGACGACGCCGCCACCUUCGCGAUUCAAUAUGCCAGGACACUCAACGCUAGCACUUACCUCGAUGAGUACACACCUACGGUGAUGUACGCUGGACAUGAGACACAGUACUUGCAGAACAAAUCUCAUAUACUCGACGUCUUGGACACCCAUCCACAAAAGGAGUCGCUGAUCAACUCCUGCGCAAAACUUCUCCUCCGCCCAUGGUUUACACGGGUCUGGACCCAACAAGAAGGUGCCUUGAGCUCUAAUCCUGUGGUGGUCUGCGGUGCAGAAGAGAUACCCUGGAUUCAGAUAUUUUCGUUGGCGUGGCUGUUCUUUCCUAGGUCCACGAUGCGGUGGCCUGAGUGGUUCCUCUCCGACGAUCCCUCGAAGACAUAUGCGGCAGUUGAACAGAACAUGAUGUUCAUCCGAAGCAUCCAGAGGUACCGGCUUCGUCAGAUGCAGAUUGCGAACCACGAGCCAGAAACCCGAGAAGUCGGCCUGAUAAACGCCAUGUACGAUGCGUCUCGAUUAAAAUGCUAUGAUCCACGGGAUAAGAUUUUUGCCAUCCGAAACAUUGUCACAGACUUGGCUCAGGAUGACUGGGCGCCUCAGCCCGAUUAUAUCUCCCCCUGGGAGGAGGUUUAUACCGAUUUCGCGGUGCGUAUGGCGGAGAGGGAAAGGCGCGAAGUGCUCGGCUGGUCGGGGGUUUCUCAGCAGGAAGAGUACUCCGGUUUGCCCUCUUGGGUGGUUGAUUGGAGGUCUCACCCGCGGACCCAAUAUAUCGUGUCUGAGGAAUGGUGUGCAGGGGGCAAGGUCUUUCGACCAAAGGCAGAGCGCAUACCCAAGAAAAAGCAGCAUUAUCUGACGAAACUGCUUGAGGCAGCCAAUCAGCCGAGGAAAUAUCUGCGAUACGCCUUGUCAAUCACGGUCGUGAUGCAAGACACUGUUGCCUUUCUCAGCGGCGUUCUUGACAAUGGAAAAGGAGUUAGUGACACUGCACAGUCUUCUCAAGAAAUGCUAGCAUUGGAUCAAAAAUCUCAGGCCUUUAUCAAAGCCCUGUCCUCUACAAUCUACAUCAACUCCGAACAUGUGCUGGACGCUUACAACGCAACUCUCAUUGCCAACACUACCGAACAAGACACCGUCGCAUCACCUGCCUAUGUUACCUCUGGUGUGCAGCAAUGGCGCUCGUGGCUCUCAUCCAGGGCACCAUUAAGGACCAACAUCGAGACUGAUAACGAAAGUAUCGCCCCCGGAUUCUAUGAAGCAAUUGACAACAUGGACACAUUCCGGUACAAACAAUUCUGCUUGUCUACCUUUGGUUACUUCUGCCUUGUCCCGGACCUUGCGGGAGUGACCGAUACCAUUGCUAUUGUUAAGGGAGUGGAUAUGCCGGUCGUUCUCCGUCCGAUCGGCGACGUCUACGUGUACCUAGCACAAUGCUAUAUUCACGGCAUGAUGGAAUUGAAAGCCGGCACACUCAUCGAGGAGUUUCGCGUCAAGUUCAACGCCAAGGAAGGGAAGGUGGUUGUGGGUAGACCCGAAGGCGACAUCAGGAAGAACGGCUUGAAGAUGGAUGCGGGUGAAUAUGUCAGGGUAUUGGGGACCCUUGGGGAAAGGAAGGCCGAGUUGAUAUGAUGUCUAUCUACCUAGGUAGUUAGUUUCUGGUGCCGAGCAGGCCUUGGUGUAGAUGCUGAGCGUCAUGGUUGUUUCGUUGGUGUUGAUGUAAGGACAACUCUCCGGUACUGAG